AUGUCACUCAUCCCAGGAACAAACAUUCUGGUUGACAAGUUCAGCCAGGGAAAUAAUGAUGUGAACAGCUACGUGUACUUCCUCAGCCAUUUCCAUACUGAUCAUUACUCAGAGCUACAUGACUCAUGGGAUUUGGGGAUUAUUUAUGCGUAUAACCCGACAAGGACCCUUUUGGUUGACCUCUACCCAAACCUUGAGACUCGAUGUGUCGGCCUAGAAUGUAACCAGAAAUAUCAAAUAUUUCUUGAUAAGGAACAAACUGAAACAGUCCAAGUGACCCUAUUUGAUUCAAACCACUGCCCUGGCUCAGUCAUGAUGUUGUUCGAAGGAAGGAUGGGCAGGGUCAUCCAUACAGGGGAUUUCAGGUUCACGGAGGAGUUCUUCACCUUCAAGCAGCUUUUCCCUCCAGAACUUGAUAAUGAGGAGAAGUUCAAAUGCUCCAUUGAGAUAGAUCACCUCAUUAUGGAUGCGACCUUUGCUGAUCCAAUCAAGGAUCAUCCACAAAAACAAGAGGCUUACGACGGAAUCUGCAAGAUUAUCCGGAGACAUAAGAAGUUCCGAGUCUAUCUCUUUGUCUACUUGCUUGGAAAAGAGGAGGUAUUUGCCAGCCUAGCUAAAGAAUUCAAGACUAAGGUCAUCGUUGACGAAGAACGAUACCGCAAAAUUCAACUUUUAGAUUUAGAACCAGAACUCUACUCAACCAACCCAGAUGAUGGCUGGAUUCACAUAAAGACCAAGGAAGAACGGAAAGGAAUGGAUAUCGAAAAAUAUAACGAAGAAUGCCCAACCAUUUUCAUAACUAUGAGUGCAAGGUCUAACGAAGACAGUAGCUCUAAAAGGUUCAUAUACAAGAGCUACUACUCCUCCCAUUCCAAUGCAAGAGAGCUCGAGCAGUUCAUGAAAGCCAUCUUUCCAAAGAAGAUCACCUACCAUUCUCACCCAGAUUACACUGAUUCACGAAGAUUCAGAUCUUAUUUGACCAGAACUUACACUGAAGAGGGACAAGAAGUUGAAUUGUCCAGGCUCCAGCCAUGGAGAAACUCUGACACUAUAAAAAGACCUACUAGAAAAUACGAGAAAUGCAUGAUUGACAGGUUCGAUGAGGAAGUCAAAAUGAAGAUGAACAAGAGAGCUUUCAUCAAACAAAAUCCCUUCAUGGAGAAACGUCGUAAAAGACAUAACAAAUCUGGCGCCAAAUUAGUUCAUUCCCAACCAAUUCUGACUCUUUCAGAUGACUCUGACACUGAGAACACUCUCAAAGUCAAUCUCAUAGAGGAAAACAAGGAUAUUGAAACUGCCACAGAAAGACACCUCCAAAGAGGAACCUCAAGAUUCAAAGAAGUCCGAAAAGCCCAAGAAGAGAGAAGCCAAAAUGACCCAGAAAGCUACUGAAAUCAUCGAAUGCAAGGACGCAUAAUUUAAAUUUUAGAAUUUAUCAGAAAUCAAUA